AGAUCCGCCUGCAACCCAUCGAGCCCCAGCUGGCGCGCGCCCAUGGAAGCCGCCGAGCGAUUUUUCCGUCAUGCGCCGGAGGAUCGGCUGGGCGACCUACUUCCAGGGAGCGGCUGUGGUGAUUGCGAUCCUGGUGACCCUGCAAUAUGUGUAUCAUCCGCUCUUCUCGGAAGAGCCGAGCCCGGGCCCCGUCAAAGCCACGGAGCCGCCCACCCCGCCGCCGCCUGCGCGCCAGCGGGAGGCCGAAGAGCGCGAAGGCGCAGAGGCACCGAAGGCCAAGGGUGAGCCCAACUGGGAGGCGGGCAACCAGCUGGUGAUGCCCAGGCUGCUGUCGGCGAGACAUGAGCUAGUGGCCUGGAUCAACACCGUGGCCACCUUCCAGGAGGUCGAAGCCCUGAACAUCUUGCGGAAGUCCCUGACCGUGGGCCGGGAUGCUUUAAGCAUCACCCGGCAGCUGCAGCACCUGCGGCCCGACGGCUGGCGCUUCUGCGUCCAGGAGGGCGAGCUUUGCCACUGCGAUGGGCUGGUGCGCUAUGGGGACUUCAGCAAGGAUGAGUGGGUGGAGCGGAAGGAGAUAAAGAACCCGGUGCUUUGCCACUUUGGCCAGUUCGGGUUGACACCGGAGCAGGACCUCUCCCCGGGCCACGUGAAGUAUUGCCAGUGCCAGCCAAAGGCCAAGCACUGCCCCGCCAACCAGCCGUACCGCGCGGAGAACUGCCCGGAGGGCGUGGAGACGCCGUGCCGCGCCGGCUGCGCCACGCGCAUGUCCCGCGCCCACUGGCAGUUGGUGGGCUCCUCGCGGGGGAAGCUCUGCGAGCGCUUCGAGCCCAACGACCUGCUCUGGUCCUGCGACGCCCGCCGCACCUUGAAGCCUCAGAAGGGGCACAAGCACGCGGAGGCGGAGGAGUUGCUGGAGCGCGCCACCACGAAGCUCUGCGAGGACGGCUUGCUGCUCCCCGAGAUGGAGGUGUGGCUGGAGUGCGACUUCCUGAGCCAGUUUCUGCAGUGGACCACCCCGGCCUCCCCGUGGAUCGAGGAGGCCUUCGUGACCUACGUGGGCGGCAAGAAGGACGGCAACUACGAGUGGCAGGCCACGAACCUGAUCAGAUCCAUCGACCUCUUCUCCAGCCGGCCGCUGGUCGUGGUCAUCUUCGGCUCCGAGUUCGUGCCGCCGCUGUCCUGGCAGAACCUGCGGCACGUGAUCUGCUUCCGGAUGCGCCACAUCUCCCGGGGCGUCAGCUUCAACUUCAACAAGAUCCGGUCCAUCCUGGCGGCCCGGGUUCUGACGGGCAUCCAGCUGGACACAGACCAGGUGAUCUUCAAGGGCAUGGACCAGGUCUUCGCGGGCACCAAACGGGAGAGCCACGCCCAGUACCCCUGGCCCAUUCUGCCGGUGCACUGGAUGAGCCGGGACGAGACGCCGGGGAACCCCUAUGCGCACUAUGCCUUUAAGGGCUGGGACGGACCGCAGAGCAUGCGCUGGAACCACGCCCAUCCCACCUGGACCUUCUGGGCCUUGAUCUGGUUCGGGGAUCUGAUGCACGAGCGCAUGCUGGCCGCCACCGGGCGGCGCACCUCCAGCAACGUCUUUGACCUGGAGAAGGUCAAGGAGGGGGAGGAUCUGCUUGAGCUGGUGCGCAAGGGCGAGAAGGCCAAGGUGAAGCGCCAUGUGGAGAUGAGCAACGCCAUGUGGGAGGACGAGGACAUGAUGAAUGUGAACCUCUGGCGACACAAGGUGAGUAAAGCCUGGUGCAAGUUCGACCUGGAGCCGAACCUCUUUCUGCUCAGGAAGAGCCUUGACCGCAACAUCUACUUCGACCCCAAGUGGUACCCGGAGGGCGUGCCCGUGCUGUUCUUGUCCAUCCACAACACCAAGAACUUCGACCCCUCGGACCUCCUGCUGAAGCUGCUGGAGCUGUGCCAGAACGGGGUGGAGGACGGCCUCGAGUGCCCGAAGGAGAUGGAGUUCAUGCUGCCCAUCUGCCGGGCGGGGGUAGAGCAGGAGCGCAACCUGCGGCUGAAGAUCGAGGACUACCCCACCCAGGCCUGCUGCUGCCUGGAGCCCCGGUGGUCCCACCCGGCCUACUGGCACGGGAAGUGGUACCGCGAUCUGAAGGAGGUCCCGGAGAAGAGCAACGGCAAGCAGCGCCGCUGCUUGGUGCCCUGAGAGCGAGCUGCCGGCUUCGCGUGGCUUUGUGAGGGGCGUGUGUCCUGGGGCGUGGCGCAAAGGUUUCGCCGGGCCGGGGCGCGGAAUGCUCGGAAAAAGGGGAGA